UUCCAGGAGGAGUGAACAGAAAGAAGUAAAGAGGAGAGAACAGACAGAAGUGAAGAGCAGAAAAUAAUGAUACUGAAGUGAGGGGACAGCAAAGCAGACCAGUGCUCUUCAUUUUGGCUGUUUGUCAACUCUUCUUCUACCAUGGAUAUAUAAUCCCAGAACUUGCAAGAGGGCAAAGCAAGGACGCAAAACAAAAAAAACAAAAACACACAAAAAAAAAAAAAAAAAAACGCAGGAGAGAAACAGAGGAAGGAGAAAAGCAGUAAACCUUGGCUGAGGUGAGGAAACGGCAGUGAGGAGAAGCAAAGGCAAGAGGAGCGUUGAGAGGUGGGGGGGAGUGGAGGAGUAAGGAGCCCCGCUCUUCCAGCAAAGAGGGGAAACAGGGGGAAAGAAGACAAAAAGAGUGAUAAAGAGUUGGGAAAGAAAGGGGAAUAGUCUGCUGGACAUGGGGCUUUGUGCUGUUCUCCUCAUCUACCUCUCCCAGGCUGAGCUGGGAAGAGUCUGGGCACAGGAACAAGGAGAUGCACUGAGUGAGACUUUGUUGCAGACAGAUGUGGCUCCAUCCAGUGUGCACAGAGUCAGAAAAGACCAGGAGACCCUGCACAAACACAGAGAACCCCGCAACACAGUGGGGGGAGUGGAUAUCAGUUCCCUGCCCAACAACGUAACCAAAAUAUUGGAGGACAGCCAAAGGUACUACAGAUGGCAGAGUUUUGGUCCAACAGAUAGACGGACUGAAGACUUGUGGGUAGAUCUGAGUGGCCCCGCCAAGAGCCAAGUCAGAAUCCACGGGAUACUGUCAAAUGCACACCGUCAAGCAGCGAGAGUAGCGCUGUCCUUUGAUUUCCCUUUUUAUGGACACUACUUGAGACAAAUUAUUGUGGCAACGGGUGGUUUCAUCUACAUGGGUGACGUGACUCAUCGAAUGCUAACUGCUACACAAUACAUUGCUCCACUCAUGGCCAAUUUUGACCCCAGUUUCUCCCUCAACUCUACAGUGAGAUACACAGACAAUGGUAAUCUGUUUGUGGUACAGUGGGAUAAAGUGAGACUAAAAGACCGAGAGGCUGAGGGACCUUUUACUUUCCAGACAGCCCUUCACAAAAACGGAACUAUUGUUUUCAACUACAGAGAGAUCCCUUUACUGGUGGAAAACAUAAAUUCCACCGAGCAUCCAGUUAAAGUGGGGUUGUCUGAUGCUUUCAUGGCAUUUCUCCCCUCACAGCUCUCAGAUGCAAAGCAGUGGACGAUCUAUGAGUAUCAUCGUGUUGAGAUCGACACCACCAAGAUUGUUAAUAGAUCUGCCUUUGAGUUCACACCUCUGCCCACUUGUCUUCAACACACUUCCUGUGAGCUCUGUCUAACAUCCAACCUGACAACCGGCUGUGGCUGGUGCAACACACUUCAGAGAUGCUCUGAUGGAAUCGACCGGCACAGACAAGAAUGGCUCGACUAUAACUGCCCUGAAGAGGCAAAAGGCACAUGUGAGGACUAUAACCCAGUUUUACCUGAAGGAUCUAUGGGGCCCUUCAAUCACUCUUCUCCAGGUCCAACACCUUCCUCAUCAGAGACUGACAACCAGCCUGUAACUACAGAUUUACACACAGGCCCUCCAAACCACACGGGGAUAACAGAGAACACAGCCAUCAUCGCAGGUGUAGUGGCUGCCUUGGUUCUGCUCGUAGCUCUCACUUUACUGGCUGUCUAUUACAUCAACACACACCCCACAGUUGCUCCACCGUUCUACCUCAUGCAGCGACGCACCAAUAACUACUGGCCCUCAAUGAAAUUCCGCAACCAAGGCUGUCACUCCAGUUAUGCUGAGGUUGAACUCGGGGGUCAUGAAAAAGAAGGUUUCAUUGAAGCUGAGCAAUGCUGUUAAGGGUCCUGGAAGUGGUGAGAAAGAAGAAGGACACCAUCUUGAGGAUGGAUAAAGUAUUACAAAUGGAUGAAUAUAGAUGAUCAGGCCAAACACCGACUCAAGUGUCUCUACUCCAACCGUGGUGGCUGGACAGUGUUUACUGUAACUGCUCUCGUAGCUCUUUCCAGCUUUCUCUGUGUCUUUUGCACUUUCAUUACACAGGGGAGUAGCCAUAUAAUCCAGUGGUUGGAGGGUCUGGAGGAAGAUGACUAGAAACAUGUUGAGAGCAAAUGUGUAACUGUUCAAAACCCAUCAAUGCAAGGGGAUGUCAGGGAAUGAAUUUAUCUCGCCUUCAUACUGCAAACCAAUGUACAGCCCAACUUCACUAUGUAUUUUAAUUCAGUUUAUGGACUCAUUUUUUUGUUUUCAUCUACAUAUGUGAGCAAUGACUGGUUUAGAAAAUGUUUCAUUUAUGUGGACAUAACUACAACAGAUAUUUAGCUCUAUAACUGAUAGUAAUCCAUAAUGCUCAUUUUCAACUCUGGAAAAAUAUUGUUGUUUUGGUUGAAUUAUAGAGACGUCAAGUUAAGGGAGUUUUCUUUGAUCCUUUCUGUUUUGUCUUCUAAUAAAAGCUGGUGAUGCGUGUUGAAAA